GGAGGAGGCAGUCCCCGCAUGUGUGUCCUGGACCCACAGGACCUUCCCGGACACUCCAGGGCACCUGGGCAGAAGGACGGCUGGCAAAGCAGCCUCCCUGACCGGGGGCCCCCAGCCUGGUGGCCGUUACGGUAGCGGCCAGCGCAAAGGGGCUGCAAGAAAAGGGGCUUCGUAGUGGCUGCGUGGGAUGACUUCUGGAACUUCUGGCAAAGAUGUAGGAAGUGAAGCUUUUCUGAGGUUGUUUUGUUUGUUUGUUUCUCUUUUGGGUGCCGUCUGACCAGGAUCUGGCUCUGAACUCCAUAUUCUUAGAUCCUUUCUUCCUUGGGUCCUAAGCUUUUUGUGUGGUAUCUUGUGACACUUUGUUAAGAGCUGUGGUAUGAUCAUAUCUUUAUUCACGAGCCAAGGGCGUCUGCAGUCUUGAAGCAUUAGGAUAGCUAAUUAGUCGGAGAAACUUCUGAUUGUAGGAUACAGAAACCUCCAGGUGUGUGUGUGUGUGUGUGUGUGUGUGUGCGCGCGCACUUGCACUUACGUUAGUGUUAGAAACUACCUUUUCAAUUUUCCCAAAGCUUCCAGGUUGAAAUGUUGCUAGUGAGGUCCUUUAGUUGCAUUUUUGGGGUCUAGCCUGUUCAUCAGUUGAUGGCAUUUGGGUUGUUUUCACAUUUUGGCUAGUGGGAAUAAUGCUGCUCUGAUCAUUUGUGUGUAAGUCUCUGUGCGGACAUGUUUUCAGUUCCCUUGGGUCUAAGCCUGCAAGUGGAGUUGCUGCUUCACGUGGCAACUCCGUGUUUAACCUUUUGAGGUGCUGCCAGACUGAAAUCCCUUUUCUUAGCUGAGCUUUUUAUGGAAGUAAAUAUCUACCUAUAAAAAUGCAAAAAUCACAAGUGUACAGCUCCAUGAAUUUUUGCCAAGGGAGCUCCCCUCUGUAACCGGCACCCAGGUCAAGGAACAGGAUGCGACUGGCCCCCAGAAGCCCUUUGUGGCGCCUUCCAGGAGGCCGUACCCCACCCCAAAAGGUGUAACUAGCAUGGUCAAUGCAGGAGCGAUGAGCGGCUCUGGAAACCUGAUGGAUUUCCUCGAUGAGCCAUUCCCUGAUGUGGGGACGUAUGAGGACUUCCACACCAUCGACUGGCUGCGGGAAAAGUCCCGGGACACCGACAGACACAGGAAGAUAACCAGCAAAAGCAAGGAGUCCAUAUGGGAGUUCAUCAAGAGUUUGCUGGAUGCCUGGUCAGGCUGGGUGGUGAUGCUGCUCAUCGGCCUGCUGGCGGGCACCUUGGCUGGGGUCAUCGAUCUCGCCGUCGACUGGAUGACCGACUUGAAGGAGGGGGUCUGCCUGUCUGCCUUCUGGUACAGCCACGAGCAGUGCUGCUGGACUUCCAACGAGACCACUUUUGAGGACAGGGACAAGUGUCCCCUGUGGCAGAAAUGGUCGGAGCUGCUGGUGAAUCAGUCGGAGGGUGCCAGUGCUUACAUUCUGAAUUACCUCAUGUACAUCCUGUGGGCAUUGCUGUUUGCCUUUUUGGCCGUCUCCCUGGUGCGCGUAUUUGCACCAUAUGCCUGUGGCUCGGGUAUACCAGAGAUAAAGACCAUUUUGAGCGGCUUUAUCAUCAGGGGCUACUUGGGGAAGUGGACCCUGCUGAUCAAGACCGUCACCCUGGUGCUGGUGGUGUCCUCUGGCCUGAGCCUGGGGAAAGAAGGGCCGCUGGUACAUGUGGCUUGCUGCUGUGGCAACUUCUUCAGCAGCCUUUUCUCCAAGUACAGCAAGAACGAGGGCAAGAGGCGCGAGGUGCUCUCCGCCGCCGCCGCUGCCGGAGUCUCCGUGGCCUUUGGGGCUCCAAUCGGGGGUGUGCUCUUCAGUCUUGAGGAGGUCAGUUACUACUUUCCCUUGAAGACCUUGUGGAGGUCCUUUUUCGCGGCCCUGGUGGCAGCCUUCACGCUACGAUCCAUCAAUCCCUUUGGGAACAGCCGUCUCGUUCUCUUUUACGUGGAAUACCACACGCCCUGGUAUAUGGCCGAGCUCUUCCCCUUCAUCCUCCUCGGGGUCUUUGGAGGCUUGUGGGGAACCCUCUUCAUCCGCUGCAACAUCGCCUGGUGCAGGAGGCGCAAAACCACCAAGCUGGGCAAGUACCCAGUGCUGGAGGUCAUCGUGGUGACCGCCAUCACGGCCAUCAGCGCCUACCCCAACCCCUACACGCGCCGGAGCACGAGUGAGCUCAUUUCCGAGCUAUUCAAUGACUGCGGCGCCCUCGAGUCGUCCCAGCUCUGUGACUACAUCAAUGACCCCAACAUGACCCGGCCUGUGGAUGACAUCCCGGACCGGCCGGCCGGCGUCGGGGUUUACACGGCCAUGUGGCAGCUGGCCCUGGCGCUGAUCUUCAAAAUCGUCAUUACCAUCUUUACGUUUGGCAUGAAGAUCCCCUCAGGCCUCUUCAUCCCCAGCAUGGCCGUGGGGGCCAUGGCGGGCAGGAUGGUGGGGAUCGGCGUGGAGCAGCUUGCUUACCAUCACCACGACUGGAUCGUCUUCAGGAACUGGUGCAGGCCCGGAGCCGACUGUGUCACCCCCGGACUUUAUGCCAUGGUGGGAGCUGCGGCCUGCCUAGGUGGAGUUACCCGGAUGACGGUGUCAUUGGUGGUCAUCAUGUUUGAAUUAACGGGCGGUCUGGAGUACAUUGUGCCCUUGAUGGCGGCAGCCGUGACCAGCAAGUGGGUGGCCGAUGCCUUUGGGAAAGAAGGCAUCUACGAGGCUCAUAUCCACUUAAAUGGGUACCCAUUUCUGGACGUGAAGGAUGAGUUCACCCACCGCACACUGGCCACCGACGUCAUGCGGCCACGGCGGGGCGAGCCGCCUCUGUCCGUGCUCACCCAGGACAGCAUGACCGUGGAGGACGUGGAGACGCUCAUCAAGGAGACCGACUACAACGGCUUCCCUGUGGUGGUCUCCAGGGACUCCGAGCGCCUCAUUGGGUUUGCCCAGAGGAGGGAACUGAUUCUCGCGAUAAAGAAUGCCAGACAGAGGCAGGAGGGCAUCGUGAGCAAUUCCAUCAUGUACUUCACGGAGGAGCCCCCUGAGCUGCCGGCCAACAGCCCGCACCCCCUGAAGCUGCGGCGCGUCCUCAACCUCAGCCCGUUCACGGUCACGGACCACACCCCCAUGGAGACGGUGGUGGACAUCUUCCGGAAGCUGGGGCUCCGGCAGUGCCUGGUGACACGGAGUGGGAGACUUCUUGGCAUCAUCACGAAAAAGGAUGUUUUGAGACAUAUGGCCCAGAUGGCAAACCAGGACCCUGAAUCCAUCAUGUUUAAUUAGAAACAAGGUGGCAUUUAUUUUGAGAAAAACACAACUGUCAUUUUAAAAGAAAUAAACAAAUGAUAUGUUAUUA